UUUCAGAUGACGGUCAUUCGGUUAGAUACAUUCAUCAGCACAAGUCAAGCUUUACGCGGCAUUCACUCUCACUAGACGUGUCGGGAAGUUUUUAAAAAUUACAAACGAUCUGACAAAAAAUAAAAACAGUAUGAAGUGCUUCGUACUAGUCGCGUUUUGCGUCCAAUUGGCACUUUCCCUGCCACAAGGAUAUAACUACAAGGACCCAGGUCCAGUGGAAUUACACGUUGUCAGUGGUGGUGGUGGUGGCGGCGGCGGUGCGCCAUGCAACCAUGGACCAAAUGCUGCUGGUUUAGUGCAACAACAGUCAGUCGGAAGGAUUAUUCACCACGGAGCGGGCCAUGGUGACUCACAGGCUGUUACUCUUAACAGCCACAUUACGGUUGGAGACGGUGGCCAUUCGCACACACAGUCCUUCCAAAAUGGCGUCGGUUAUGUUGAACAGGGUAGACCUGCACCGAUUCCCCUGCAACAGGGACCACAUCUCAAACUGCCAGGACCAGCUCCAUCGUUCCUUCAAAACUCGUUCGGUUCAUCGAACUCCUUCGGCCACAGUGGACAUGGAAGUUCUUCAAUUGGUGGAUUUGGAAGAGGUCCUGUUUCUUCUGGCUUGAGUGGAGGAUAUUCUGGUGGAUUUGGUGGCGGAAAAUACUCAGGUGGUUCAGGAUUUGGUGGAUCAAGGCCUCAGUUCGUAGGCAGCCCAAUCAAUUCGAACUUUAUUGCGGGUGGAUCUGGACAUGGUGGAAGUAGUGGAAGCUUUGGAUCUGGCUCAAGCUACCAAGGUGCUGGAUCAUUCAGCAGUGGCAGUCAGUUCCAACAACAGUCAGCAGGAUUUUCUCACGGAAGCUCCGGUCAGUCCUUUGGACAGUCGGGUAGUUUUGGUGGAAAUGGUAUUCUGAAUGGUGCUCUGGGUAAUGUCAUCCGUGAAACCUUUGCCAAUGCUCCACUCGAUCCAACAAUUGAGAAGCACAUUUACGUUCAUGUCCCUCCAGAGGACCUCGAAGAGAAGGCACCUCGUCAGCAGAUCCAAACUCAAGCCGCAGCAGCCAAGAAGCACUACAAGAUCAUUUUCAUCAAGGCUCCAUCCGUCAGUCAACCCGUCAAUUACGCCCAAAUUGCAAAUGCUGGUGCCUCCGAGGAGAAGACCAUCGUUUAUGUUCUGGUCAAGAAACCCGACGAACCAUCCUACCAGGAAAUCCAACAAAUCCAACAGAGUGCCAAGCCCAGCAAGCCCGAAGUCUACUUCAUCAAGUACAAGACCAGGAACGAGCAACAGGGAGGAUUCAUUGGAGGAGGCUACAAUUCGAAUGUCGAGCAAAGCUCUGGAGGCAGUCAAUUCGCUGGUUCAGAUAUUGAUGGUGGUAUUGAUGUUAGGGGUAAUGGAGCUGGCAGUUCAAUCGAGAGCUCCCAUCAUCACCAAGAGGGAGGAUCAUUCUUGAGCAGUGGCAGCAGCAGCAGCUCGUCGAGCGUUAGCAGCGGCAGCAGCAGUUCCUUUGCAACUGGCAGUGGUGGCGUAAGCAUUGGUGAGACUGGUCCUCAGCAUGAGGUCUAUGGUGUUCCAAGUGUGCCAAGUGUCUAGAAUUUACAGAAAUAAUGUGCAUCUGUGAUGUAACCGAUAUAUGUAUAUUUUUCUAAUGAUAGAUUUAAGGAACUUUUUUCAUAUUUCACGAGCAUUUUCUUUAUAGUCAUCAUUUAUUUUGUUAUUAUGUAUGAUACCUCAUUUAAUUAUUUAUUGCGAGAAUAAACGAAAUUAUUAUUUAAAAUUAUAUUAAACA